GUGCAGAAAAUACGCAGAAGCAGACAGGAGCCAGCAGGCACGUUGACCCUGCAACAUCCGGCGCAAUUGACCACCAUUAAAUCAUCGCCCCCAAAUCUCCAUACCAGUCUAUCAAUCUCUUCUCCAUGUGACGAUCCAAGAAACAACAUCCGCAGCAACGAUCGUAUCAAAAUCUGUCCUGAUUCGUGCUGCCAUGGAAUCGUCUGCGUCGAGGAGGCAGAGGCGAGCGAGCACCAGCAGCAUGAGCAGCGGCCAGCAAGUCUCAGGCAUCAGCGACUACAGCAGGGCGGCUUCCGAUGGGUACCCGUACCCGUCCUUCACCUCCUCCGACGCUGCCGCCGCCUCCUACCGGCGGCAGCCCUCGUCGUACAGCGCGCCGUUUUCCCAGGUGAGCCGGAGCUCCACCCGCAGCAGCAGCAGCAGCUCGUUCAGGGCGGCGGCGCGGGGCGUCGCCGGCGUGUUCGGCACCUGCUUCGUGCCCCGGGUCAGGAAAGAUGAGACGGAGGAGGCUUCUCGGGGGAGCAGAAGUGGAGGUUUUUCUCAGGGGAGCAGGGGCGCAGGUGUACAUGUUUCCACAGAUUCAGCAGGGACAGGCAAAGAAAGUUCAGGGCUCACGGUUGCAGAUAUAUCCAGGGCGACAUCAAACUUCAGUGAGAAGAACAUGGUGAAGCAGGGAGCUUCCUCCAGCAUCUACAAAGGGAAGCUCAAGGAUGGGUCCGAGAUUGCCGUUAAACGCGCAAGAAAGUUAAACGGUCAGUUUCUGUCUGCCGAGCUUAGCAGGGAGCUCGAAAUGCUUCAGAAGAUCGAGCAUCAGAAUCUGGUCAGGUUCCUUGGGUUCUUGGAGCAGAGAGAAGAAACUCUGAUUGUGGUCGAGUAUGUUGAUAAUGGCUCCUUAAGGGAACACUUGGAUGAAUCGCGCGGAACCGGGUUAGAGCUCGCGCAGCGGCUCAACAUCGCGAUCGAUGUUGCUCAUGCCAUCACCUACCUGCACGGAUACGCAGAACGGGCGGUGAUCCACCGGGACAUCCGGUCGUCGAACGUGCUGCUGACGGGCGCGCUGUCGGCGAAGGUGGCAGGGUUCGGGCUGGCGAGGAUGGCGGCGGACGACGGGGCGGAUGCCACGCACGUGACGACGCGGGCAGUGGGCACCGCCGGGUACGUGGACCCGGAGUACAUGGUCACGCUCCAGCUCACCGACAAGAGCGACGUCUACUCCUUCGGCGUCCUCCUCGUCGAGCUCGUCACCGGCCGCCCGCCCAUCGAGCGCCGCCCCGGCCUCGACCCACGCGCCACCACCAAAUGGGCGAUGCAGAAGUUCAGGGGAGGGGACGCGGUGGUGGCCAUGGACCCGAGGAUGCGGAGGAGCCCAGCGUCCGUGGCGGCGGUGGAGGGGAUGCUGCGUCUGGCCGAGCAGUGCGUCGCGCCGGCCAGGAAGGACCGGCCAUCGAUGCGGCGGUGCACCGAGGCGCUAUGGACCGUGCGGCGGGACUACCACCGGAGGCAGGAGCCGCGGCAGGAGGGCGUCGCCGCCGGAGACAGGAGCGCCGAGUGGGUGAGCCGAUGAUGUUGCUGGUACAACCGGUUCGGCAGUACCCUGCGAACAAAUCGAAAUCUAGCACGUGCUCUGCAAAUUACAACUCUCACCUCUGAUCUCUGAACUCGUCCUAUGUAAAUGUUUGUAAAUUUUGACCAUUCAGAUUAAAGAUUUGGACAAAUCUAGUUUGAAACAAUUUGAGAUUUUUUUCGGUAGGCACGAAACAAACGCCCCAAGACAUCGUGGUUCUGACCGAUAAAGAUAUUCAUUGAAUAUUUUAAAGUUA